AUGGCAUCCGACGCUGACCAACUCCUUGAAAUGGGCUUCCCUAAGAACCGAGUUCUCAAGGCACUAAGAGCUACCAAGAGCGCAGGACUCCAACCCGCCAUGGACUGGCUAGUGGAGCACUCAGAAGACCCCGAUAUCGACGACCCUAUCCUCGAACACGCCGGAGGCGCGCUCGGUACUGCAUCUUCGACCCCUGCAACUGGUGGUGACGAAGACUCCACAGAGAAAGAGGGUGAUGUGAUCCAAGAUGGUGAACAGACUGCACAGUCGCUUAUCUGCCAGGACUGCCAGAUGAUUCUCAGAGAUGCCGAAGCCGCUCAACGACAUGCUAUGCGAACGGAGCACGUUAACUUUGCAGAGUCCACCACCGCCAUCAAGCCAUUGACCGAGGAAGAGAAACAGGCCAAGCUGGCAGAACUGAAGCAACGCCUCGCAGACAAGCGCGCCGCCAAAGCAGCACAGGACAAGGAAGACCUAAAGACCUCUGAAAAGAUCCGUCGUAAAGCUGGUCAGGACCUGACCGAAGUCAAGCUCCGUCUUGAGGAAAAGGAAAUGAAGAAGCAAAUCGAGGCCAAGAAGCGUGAGAAGGAGCAGGAUCGGUUGGCCAAACUGGCGAUCAAGGCUAGGAUUGAUGCGGACAAGGCGGAACGUGCACGGAAGAAGCUGGAGGCUACGACGGGGAUCCAGCAGGCGGCGGCUGCUGCUACUGCGGUUGCUGUAGCUGAGGCAGCCGCCAAGGCUGGACCUGCGAAGGUUUAUACGGAGACUAGGCUGCAGAUCCGUCAGCCUGAGGGCCAAGCUCCCAUCGUUCACACAUUCCAAGCGUCGGACAAGUUGAGCGCAGUGUACGAGUUCGUCAGGGGUCACCGGCAGGGCGCUUUCAAGCUGAUGACGUCCUUCCCCAGGAAAGUGCUUGAAGGCAGCGAUCUGGAAAAGACAUUGAACGACCUCCAGCUCGUCCCCUCUGGCGCCUUGGCCGUUACCCUCAACUAG